AUGAAUGACACAGUAACUAUCUGGACCAGGAAAUUCAUGACCAACCAACUUCUUCAGCACAAACAAAUGGUUAUUGAUGUCCUUUAUUCCGAAAAGACAACAGUAUCUCAGACAGAAAUUCGGGCAAAACUAGCCAAAAUGUACAAGACCACACCAGAUGCCAUAUUUGUAUUUGGAUUCAGAACCCAUUUUGGUGGUGGCAAGACAAAUGACUUUGGCAUGACUUAUGAUUCUUUGGAUUACGCAAAGAAAAAUGAAUCUGAACAUAGACUUGCAAGACAUGGUCUAUAUGAGAAGAAGACCUCAAGAAAACAGUGA